AUGAUCUCGGGUCCAAGACAACCAGGAAACGACAUUGAUAUUUAUUUAACCCCAUUAGUUGAAGAUUUGAAGAUGUUAUGGGAGGAGGGUGUUGAUAUGUUUGAUGGGUACACUAGUGAUUCAUUCAAAUUGCAUGCCAUGUUAUUUUGUACAAUCAACGACUUUCCAGCAUAUGGUAAUUUAAGUGGAUAUAGCACUAAGGAUCACAAAGCAUGCCCUAUAUGUGAAGAAGGCACAUGUCACCAUCAACUACAACAUGGAAGGAAAACAAUAUACCUUAGACAUCGGAGAUUUCUUAGUACAAACCAUCCAUAUCGUAAAUUGAAGAAAGCAUUUAAUGGGUGUCAAGAAAAUGAAUUAGCUCCAAUGGUUUUAAGUGGGUCACAAGUAUAUGAGCGUGUGAAAGACAUUAGGGAUGUGUUUGGAAAGAUGAAAAAUAAAGGCACUUUUGGAAGGUCAAUUUUCUUUGAUCUCCCAUAUUGGAAGGUGCUUGAUGUGAGACAUUGUAUAGAUGUUAUGCAUGUAGAGAAAAAUGUGUGUGAUAGUAUUAUCGGAACACUCCUCAAUAUUCAAGGCAAGACAAAAGAUGGUCUAAAUGCUCGUUUGGACUUAGUUGAAAUGGGUAUAAGAGAACAAUUAGCUCCACAAUCACAUGGUAAGCGAACAUACUUGCCUCCAGCAUGUCACACAUUGUCUAAACAAGAGAAGAGAAGUUUUUGUGAGAUUUUACAAGGUGUGAAAGUUCCACUAGGUUACUCUUCCAAUUUUGUAUCCAUGAAAGAUCUAAAAUUACUUGGGUUAAAAUCUCAUGAUUGUCAUGUAUUGAUGCAACAACUUCUACCCGUGGCUAUUCGAGGCAUAUUGCCUAAGAAUGUUAGAUAUACCUUAACAAGAUUGUGCUUCUUUUUUAAUGCAAUAUGUAGUAAGGUUAUAGAUAUUGAGAAGUUGGAUCAGUUAGAAAAUGAGGCUGUACUCAUAUUGUGUCAGUUGGAGAUGUACUUUCCUCCAUCAUUCUUUCAUAUUAUGGUCCAUCUGAUUAUUCAUUUAGUCCGAGAAGUUAGAAUUUGUGGUUCAGUAUUCUUACGAUGGAUGUACCCUAUUGAGCGAUACAUCAAGAUAUUGAAAGGGUAUGUAAAGAACCAAUAUCGUCCAGAAGCAUCAAUUGUUGAAAGAUAUAUUGCAGAGGAAGCUAUUGAGUUCUGUACAGACUACUUAUCACAAGUUGAAGCUAUAGGGGUAACGAAGUCUUGUUACCAUGGAAUAGGUGCUGGUAAGGGUACUCAAAGUGCAAAAGUUAUAACUCUGAGUAGAGAUGAAGUUCUCCAAGCACAUUUAUAUAUAUUGAAUAACACUAAAAAAGUCAUCCCUUAUUUAAGUGCUCAUAAAGAUAUUGUGAAGAGAAAUAAUCCACGAAUGUCUCAAAAGUGGGUCAUUAAUAAGCACAACAAAACUUUUUUGAAGUGGUUCAAACAACAGGUUCAAAAUGACAAUACAACUUCUGAUACAUUAAAUUGGCUAACAAGUGAGCCAAACUAUGAUGUCUUAUGCUGGAGUGGGUAUGAUAUAAACAAUUAUACAUUUCAUACAAAAGACGAAGAUGAAAAAAGCACCACACAAAAUAGUGGAGUAAUGGUUGUAGCUAAAUGCAUUUCUCAAGUUCAAAGGAUAAAUAUCUGA